CCUGUUUCUCUGCCUCACUGACGUCAGCUUCUUGCCAGACCAAUCUUGUACGUCCGCAAGUGCCCUGGCCAAGGAAGAAAAGCCUACUAAUCAACCCAUGGCAUUUGUCAACAACAAUUUGAUGUAGAUGUGUUGUCUUAGUUACAAACUAAUAAUAAAAGCUAAGUACAUUGUAAAUGUUUAUUAAGUUUUCACAUUUUAAUGGUAUACACGUGGAGAACGCUGAAAUUGACAAGAAUCUACGAGAACAUUUUUCUUGAGCAGCCAACAGCAUAUUAAAAUUUGAGUUCGAAUUCUUUACGAAGUAAUAAAAAAAAAUGAGUGUUGAUGCUUAUGGCCCUAGUUCACAAACACUAACAUUUUUAGAAACAGAAGAGACUGAUCUGUUAGGGGCUGACACUCAAGGCUCUGAAUAUGAGUUCACAGACUUCACAUUGCCUUCACAAACCCAGUCACAAACUCAAUCACACCAGGAGGUUAAUGCAAGUCAAAAUCAAAGCCAAAUAAAUGGCAUAGAUCAUGUUAUUGAAAAUGGUGAUGUCAAUAUUACUGUAUCUACCAUUACACAAGGCAUGGGUGAGCUUAAUUUUGAAGAAGAACCUGAAGAGAAUCAAUUUUAUAUGAAAGACUUGCCAAAACAUGCUUGCUCGUACUGUGGAAUACAUGAUCCAGCUUGUGUAGUUUACUGUAAUGCUAGUAAGAAAUGGUUCUGUAAUGGAAGAGGAAAUACAUCUGGCAGCCAUAUUAUCAAUCAUCUUGUGAGAGCAAAGACUAAAGAGGUCACUUUGCAUAAAGAUGGGCCUCUUGGUGAGACUGUGCUGGAAUGUUACAACUGUGGUUGUCGGAAUGUAUUUCUUCUUGGAUUUAUUCCUGCUAAAGCUGAAUCAGUUGUAGUUCUGUUGUGCAGGCAUCCAUGUGCAAAUCUUAGCAACUUAAAGGAUAUGAACUGGGAUCCAAGUCAGUGGCAACCAUUAAUCAAUGAUAGAUCUUUUUUGUCUUGGCUUGUGAAAGUACCCAGUGAACAAGACCAGCUGAGGUCUCGGCAAAUAACAGCUCAACAAAUCAAUAAGCUUGAAGAAUUAUGGAAGGACAAUCCUGAUGCUAAAUUAGAGGAUUUGGAAAGAACUGGUUUGGAUGAAGAACCAACCCAAGUUCAGUUGAGAUAUGAUGAUGCCUACCAAUAUCAAAAUAUCUUUGGACCUUUGGUGAAACUUGAAGCUGAUUAUGACAAAAGGCUCAAGGAAUCUCAGACUCAAGACAAUAUUGUUGUUCGAUGGGACACAGGAUUGAAUAAAAAACGAAUAGCCUAUUUCUGUCUUUCGAAAGCCAAUGAUGAAAUGAAGCUAAUGCAUGGGGAUGAGUUAAAACUGAGAUAUGUUGGUGAACUGCAGAAACCCUGGUCUGGUGUUGGACAUGUUAUUAAAAUCCCAGACAACCAUAGUGAUGAGAUUGCCAUUGAGCUCAAAAGUAAUGCUGGUGUACCUGAGACAUGUACACAUAAUUUUGUCCUGGAUUUUGUGUGGAAAUCUACAUCUUUUGAUAGAAUGCAGUCAGCGUUGAAAACUUUUGCAGUGGAUGAGACAUCAGUCUGGGGAUACAUCUACCAUAAGCUUCUAGGCCAUGAAGUGGAAGAUAUUGCAUUGAAAUGUACCCUUCCAAAACGCUUUUCUGCUCCAGGUUUGCCUGAGCUCAAUCAUUCUCAGGUGUAUGCAGUUAAAACUGUCUUGCAACGCCCUUUGAGUCUUAUUCAGGGCCCACCAGGAACUGGAAAAACAGUCACAUCAGCGACAGUUGUUUACCAUAUGGUCAAACAGAAUAAUGGACCUGUCCUUGUGUGUGCUCCAUCCAAUAUUGCUGUUGAUCAGUUAACUGAAAAAAUACAUAAAACUGGUCUCAAGGUUGUUAGGUUGUGUGCCAAGUCUAGAGAAGCUAUUGACUCUCCAGUUUCUUUCCUUGCACUGCACAACCAGAUAAGAAAUAUGGAUACAAUGCCUGAGCUGAAUAAGUUACAGCAGCUUAAAGAUGAAACUGGUGAAUUGUCAUCAAGUGAUGAAAAACGUUACAGAUCUCUAAAAAAGCAAUGUGAAAAGGAGUUGUUACAGGCUGCAGAUGUUAUUUGUUGCACAUGUGUUGGUGCUGGAGAUCCUCGCUUAGCAAAACUUCAGUUUAGUUCAGUUCUCAUUGAUGAAAGCACUCAAGCUACUGAACCAGAAUGCAUGAUUCCUGUGAUAUUAGGAUGUAGACAGCUUAUUUUAGUGGGUGACCACUGUCAGUUGGGACCAGUUGUGAUGUGCAAGAAAGCUGCUCGGGCAGGACUCUCGCAGUCUCUAUUUGAACGUUUGGUUGUGUUGGGUAUUCGCCCUAUACGACUGCAAGUCCAGUAUCGCAUGCAUCCUGCACUGAGCAGUUUUCCAUCUAACAUUUUUUAUGAAGGAUCUUUACAAAAUGGUGUUACUGCUGCUGACCGUACGCGACAAGGCUUAGACUUUCCUUGGCCCCAGCCAGACAAGCCAAUGUUUUUUUACAGCACUUUUGGAACUGAAGAGAUUUCUAGUUCUGGAACAUCAUAUUUGAAUAGAACUGAAGCUGCCAAUAUAGAGAAACUGGCAACAAAACUGCUGAGAGCUGGGGUAAAACCUGAGCAAAUUGGAAUUAUCACCCCCUAUGAAGGUCAAAGGGCUUAUCAAGUGCAACAUAUGCAAUACAAUGGAUCACUAAAUAAAAAACUGUAUAUGGAAAUAGAGGUUGCCAGUGUUGAUGCUUUUCAGGGUAGAGAAAAAGAUUUUAUUUUGCUCUCAUGUGUCAGAUCAAAUGAACACCAGGGCAUUGGAUUUUUAAACGACCCAAGACGUCUGAAUGUUGCCCUGACGCGUGCCAGAUAUGGUGUGAUCAUAGUGGGAAAUCCAAAAAUUCUAUCCAGGCAAACCUUGUGGUGUCACCUAUUGACUUAUUACAGAGAGCAGAAGUGUCUUGUUGAGGGACCACUUUCAAGCUUGAAAGAAUGUUUUGUCAACAUCAGCAAGCCCAGAAAACUUGUUAAUACAACUAACCCUGGUGGCAGAUUUAUGAGUAACACAAUGUUUGAUGCUAGGGAACUAUUGGUUCCUGGAAAUGCUUAUGACAGAGCUAACAAUUCCUAUAGAGAACCAGUAAUGCGUACGCAUGAUCAGCUGGGAUUCAUUGGUCCUGAGAGAGCUUAUUCCAGAACUGCAAUGAAUAUUCCAGUCCCUGUCAAUAUGUUUUUGCCUCAUCCUUUGCCUCCUCAGUUUAAUAAUAGCCAAGCUUCACAAGGUGGUCAAAAGGGCAAUCGAGGCUGGAGUGGUAAUCGAAGACAAAAACCAAACAAAGGAUCACUUGCAAAUAAUUCUUCUCAAAGUCAGGCCAGCCAGGAAUUUUCCCAAGGUCCUUUGACUCAAGGUAUGUCAAUGAGCCAACAUUUUCAAAUGAGCCAAGGCUUAAGUGGGCUUUCUCAGCCAGGUCUGAGUGGGCUAUCACAGCCAGAGCUUUCACAGGACAGCUUCAUGGCAGAUGAUUUUAGGUCUCAAAUGGAUGUUCUUCUGUCGCAAGACUCAACCUACCAAGGAGAUCGUCUGUACCCAACAUCACAUCUCUCCCAGGGGCCAUUUAACUAGGUCACUCAAUGGUUCAAGCCCCAGUGGAACUUCAAAGUGACCUAGUACCCCAACGGUCAGGCAUAGCUCACCACUAGCAACGGCAAACAGGAGCAGUAUGACGCGAAUUCUAAUGAAAAGGUUACUACCCGUUCUGGGACCUUUUAGUUAAGGGAAAAAACACCAACAGUUAACCAAGAUGACAGACAAGCCAUUGAAAUGUGACAUUGAACCACAGAAUGUCAAAUUCAUGCAGUAGCAGUCAAGUCUAAACCAAGGUGCUUUUUCAGGUGUUUGUAACCCAUUUUUACAAGGGACUUUUUUACUUUCGAUGAUGUCAAACAAAAAAAAUAAGCAUUUUAUGUGUCAGGCUUCAUAAUCUGGAACCAAUAUUUUAAUAAGUAGUAUAAAACUUAGUACAUUUUCAUUGUUAUCCAAAAGUUUUGUAUUUCAUUUUCAUUAGGCUUAAGAAUUUGAAAAGCAUUACCAGAUUGUUGACUAGAUUAUAAAAAGGUCAACAGGUAAUUCUAUAGACUUAACUGUGAGAUAAAGGACAUCACUGUAGCAUCUCAAUGCCUAUGUAUAGAAGGUUCAAAGCUCUAAUCCUGCAGCAGUAGCAAGAAGUGGUGCAAUACAGUUUGUAACUGCUGUGUCCUGAUUGUAUCUAGAUUUCAUGGGCAGACAUCAAGUGUCUAGGGUCAAAUGCUUGUUCAGCCAGCAUCUUAUCACCCUCUGACUGCCUUGUUUUAAAAAUGUAUCACUGAUCAGACAUGUAUUAUUUUCAAAGUUUUAUUUUCCAAUUCCAAUUGGUGAAUGAAUUUUUUUUUUUCCUCCCUAAUUGUAUUCGUAGAUAGUGAUAUCAAACUUAUCUGCUUUUAGCUUUUUUUUGUUUUAAAGUUCAGUACCUAAAAAUAAAUUUGUUUGGUGAAUCUUUUUUUUUUUCUAAGUUUUCAAAACUAAAAUUUAAUUCUGAAGGUAAAUUUGAAACUUUUUGCUUAAUACUAUGCUUGCUUUCUCUCAACUAAUAAAAUCCAUUUCCAGCAA